AUGGCGAUGCCGUCCUCCCCCUCUCCCGCCUGGCCUUGCUGGCUUUGGCCCUGCCUCCGCGGAUCCUGCUGUGUGAGAGGCGGCGUGCUGAAUACCUCGGCCUCCUCCUCAACGGCGCCGCCGCCGCCGCCGCCGCCGCCAAGGAAGUGGGCGCGGGCGAGGAGGUCCGUCUGCGAGGCGGAGAUGUGGCCGCAGUCCGCCUCCGCCUCCGCCUCCUUCCUCCCGAACUCUAAUGCGCUCGCACCGGCAUCCGCGUCCCGAGCGGAGGCGGAGAAGUGGCUGUGUGGCUCCGCCGGGUAA